AUUGCAGAAUCAUGCAAACAGAUUUAACGAAGUUGUCCAGUAUGUUAUAUGAAAAUAGUACAGCAAACACUUCCACUAAAAAUCUCCCAACUUUACUAAUAAAUCAUGAACAACAACAACAUAAUAAUAAUAAUAAUCAAGAAAGUAAUUUGAUAGUUAACAAAUUUAUAAUGGCAACAAUAUCAGACACAGAAAAAUUAAGUAAGAGGUCAAAAUACAGUUCAUCGUCAAAUGUACUAACUAAUUCAACACUAAAAAGUAAUGUUUGUGCUCCACCAGUAGAAUUCAAAGAUGCAACUGGUCAAACAGAAUUCCAAAUGGAGCAAACUCAAGAAAGCAAUCAAUAUCAAUGUUUUAAAGUGAAUGAAAAUACACUGAGUUUAUCGUUUGAUUCUGUUAUUAAUCAAAACGUUGAAUAUUCGCUAAUGAAUAAACCACCCUUUAAUAAUUAUAAGAAAGUUCAACCCAGUGAUUGGACACAUUAUGGAAGCACAUUACGGACAAAUGAGAAACAAGCUUCACCUAUCUGUGAAUUAACAUCAUUCCCUUACCACUGUUAUAGCCAUCGAACAGUUCAUUGUCAGCCAAGUGAAAAUUUCCCACGUAAUCCACAUAACCAUAUUCAUCCAACCUAUUCAUUUCAUAUUUCAGAUGAAUACAACGAAUCAGAUGCAGAAGUGAAUUUUCUUAUAGUUGCCUCUAAUAAGCAGAAAACAAACACUGACAAUAUCACUAGUACUACUUUAAUCAAUACAAACAGUAGCAGUAAUAGUAGUAACAGUAAUUUAGGUAAAAGAUCAAAAAGAGCAAGAACAGCCUACACUCAAACACAAUUAUUAGAACUAGAAAAAGAAUUCUGGUACAGUCAAUAUCUAUGUCGGCCUCGCCGGAUUGAAAUAGCUUCAGCACUCAAAUUAUCAGAAAAGCAAAUCAAAGUUUGGUUUCAAAAUCGUCGUAUGAAAUUUAAACGUCAGAAACAUUCAGAAAACGCAUAUUUAUCUACAAAUUGUGAAACAACAGAUAUGCAAAGUUUAUUUACACGAUCAAGAUUUUCAACACCAUGUCAUUAUUCAGUCAGUGGAAUCGGUGUAUCAUCAGAAAGCAGAUCAUCCUUAUGGUUUAAUCCUAACUCUCAAAUUCAUUCACAUAAUUCUUGUAGAUAUUUGAAAAGUAAUGCUGAAACAACUGAAGAAUGUGUUACAGAAACAUAUUUAAAUAAAUUAAAUAGUGAAACUGUUUCACUAAAUAGGGAAAUGCAUAAAACAGCUACACUAAUAAGUAAUAGUUUUCCAUGUCGAAGUAAUAUUCAAUUUCCAAGUGAUUCUAACAUCAAUCAAGCAAAUGAGUCUGGCAGUAUCAAUGGUAUCUCAUUGCCAAUUGAUACUUGCUCUUCGUAUUAUAAUGAUGUGUGUCAAAAAGCAGUUCGUAAUGAAGAAUACCAUUCAAGAAAUCAGUCUCCUUACGCAAAACAUGAAGAUAAACAAUCGCAUAAACAUGAAAAUGAAACAGAAAUGAAUCCCUACAUCACUCAGAAUUUCUUUCAACAGUAUCCAUAUAAUUACGAAAAUCACUUGUCAGAAUUCAACCUGUCUGGAAGAACAUUAUCUAGAGAUGAGGAACUUAGUUCAAAUAACUGAAAAGUACAACUGAAUAUAGGGUAACAGUUGUUGAAGGAAAGAAAUACUUAUUUGACAUUCAGCAAAUUAUGUAUUAUUAACACAGAAAGACUAGAAAAUUAAAAGGAAUUCAUACAAUAUAAAGAUGUAUGUCAUUUACGGUAGUCAUUUUUCUUGUAGUGAUCCUAUAUGAAUCUCUCCAUGAAACGAUUUUAAUAGUAAAAUACCUGACCAUAAAUUCAGCAUUGUGAAAGCAAUUUAUGAUAAUACAUUGAGUUUUGAAAUGAACUUCUGUUCAUUUUUUCUCCCUUUCCUCAUUGUUUUUCAAUGAAUGUUUAAACGCCGUUUAACUGUGAUGGUCAGUUGAUUUAUCAGCCAUAGUAAACAUACCCAUUCACUUCAUACAGCUGGGAGUGUACACUUCAUAAGUUAUUAAUUUACUUUAUUGCAUCACAGUAAAAAAACCCAUAUUUAAUGAUAUACUAUAAAUCUUCAGGAAUAAUUCCUCAAUGGCCAUCAUGUCAUUUAAUUUCUCCUCAAACGUACAGAUUAAUUUCUAAUUAUUAGUAUGACAACAACUGCUUACUGCUCAAAUCACAAAGUCCAAAAAUCUGUACUUCUUACUUACAGUCUUCAUUUUUUGUGUUUCAUGACAAGACAGCCAGAUGAGGUGACAGUUAAAAAUGUAAAUCAAGGACAUUAAAUUAGUCACCAGAUUUUCAGGGGAUUGGGUUCGUUGCUUUUUACUUUGA